AUGCUCCCUUUGGUUCUACUAUUUAUUGGCGCGGUCGCGCGCGCGCAAUCUCCCGAGGACUACGCGCCGACUACUGAGAUACAGUGCCCAGAUGUAUCGACCUCGCCAUUGCUGCGCACUUUCGCGCCUUCAUCUCAGACUUUGCAUCCGGAAGAACUCGCCUACAUCUCAAGCCGGCGGACGAACGUUAUCCCUCAGCAGUGGACCAACUGGUUAGGGGACGGCUCGAGUAUCGGGUACAACCUGAGCAGCUUCACUCCUGCACUUCCGAAUGUAUCCAUCGCGUUCAGCGGAGGAGGAUACAGGGCGGCCCAAUACGCCGCGGGUGUGGUUUCCGCGUUUGACGCUCGCAACUCUUCAUCGAAAUCCGCCGGCACAGGAGGCUUACUACAAGUCGCAUCGUACCUGUCCGGUCUUUCCGGCGGUUCUUGGUUCUUGGGUUCCUUGUAUCUCAACGACUUCCCUGUCAUUCCCGAUCUUGUGUGGGGCAACGGCAACAACCUGAACGGUUGGCUGCUGGAUCUCGAGCUCAUCGCGCCUGGAGGUUUCAACUUCCUCAACGACAACAAUCAAGAUUUCUAUGACAACCUCUCCGAUGGCGUGCAACUGAAGUCGAACAGGAGCAUUGAUGUCAGCAUAACGGACUUCUGGGCGCGCGCCUUGUCCUACCACUUCUUCAACGGGACCUCACGCGAUAACUUCUUCGACAAGGAUCUCCCGCACGGCGCCGGACAGCUGUGGUCUGGUAUCCCAGGGCUGUCCUCGUUCCGCUCACAGGACACUCCCUUCCCGCUGGUUGUCACCGUUUCACGCGCCGACAACACCACCCUCAACAGUUCCGCAACCUUGCAAGACAUCCAAUACGAGAUCUCGCCGUAUGAGUUUGGAUCCUGGGACCCUGCGUUAUCUGCAAUGAUGAACCUGUCUUACGCUGGGACGCCCUUGAUCAGCGGUCGUCCGCCGAACAACACUGCAUGUGUGACCGGUUUCGAUGAGGCGGGAUUCGUGAUUGGAACGAGCUCCAGUCUUUUCGAUGGAUUGAUCAACGGAGCACCGAGCUUCUUGUCUGCUGAAGGCUUUGACGCCAAUGGCGCCGCACUCUCGAUCCUGCUCGACGCUGUCAAGAAAAUCUUCCAGCCGAUUCAUGCGGAUGAGAACGACCUUUCUCGCUGGCCGAACCCAUUCCAGAAUGUCAGCCGCGGCACUUUCCUCGAGACCGACGCCGACUAUCUCAACCUCGACGACGGCGGUUCCGCAGGCGAGAACAUCCCUCUCGGCCCCCUCUUCCUCAAAGAGCGCUCCAUGGACUUCGUCGUCGCAGUCGAAGCCUCAGCCGACACCUCCGAAGCGUGGCCGAACGGCACCUCACUCGUCGUGACCUCCCAGCGCCUCACCAGCAUCCUCAACCAGACGCACCAGCCCUUCCCUCCCAUUCCCUCCUCGCAGAACGACUUCCUCAGCACGGGGACGAACCGCCGUCCGACGCUCUUCGGCUGCGAGCCGACGCAGAACCCGCCCGAAUGGCCGCUGGUGCUGUAUCUCCCCAACUCGCCUCCCGUGGACGGAAGCGACCCGGUCUCGAACACCGGCACAUUCACUCUCUCAUACAACACGCGCCACACCGGUCUCUUCCUCGACCAAGUCCACAACAACACCAUCGCCGGCUUCGUCCCCAACCAAACGGGCGCAGACAGCAACUGGCCGCGAUGCUUACAAUGCGCCGCCAUCGAUCGCGCGCGGUUCAGGACGAACCCCGUCACGGCGCGCUCGCAGUUCUGCGAGACGUGCUUCACGCAGUAUUGUUAUAAUUCGAGCAGUCCGCCCAGUCAGAGUGAGCUUCCGGGGAGGAAGUUCGAUUUGGUUACGCCGGAUGAUGAUUCAGGGGUGAGGGAGAUGAAGGCUGGUGCUGGGCUUGCGAUCUUGGUUGCGGCGGCUGUGGGGAUCUCGCUUGGGCUUUGA